CUUCGUAGUGCUGGUGAAGGCUAUACAGCUGUAUAUAUUUCCUGAGAGCGCACUAACCCUCAUUUACAUACAGUUCCGGUUUACUCAGCCACAACCACUUUCCACAAAGCAUACGAGCAGCAAAGGUAAGGCAAGGAGGGGUACGGGCCGCUGAUGCUGUGCUUACACAUUCAUUCCAGUGCUGUCCUUGCGAAGCCCCGCCCCUGUCUCCCUGACCGAGCCUGCAUCACUUAUUCAUUUCCCUCAGCCUCCGUCUCCAUCCCAUUCCCUCCCCUUUUCCCCUGAUUACCACCCUUCCCCCAGGGACCAUUCUCUCCUUGCCCACCCCCUGGCACGCACACUGCCCUCUAAUUGUCUUGUUGUGACGUCACUUUGGUUGAUACCCGGUCUGUCUUUCUCCUCGCGACGUUAAGCAGCGCGCGCUAUCAGUCGCUCUUAGCACGCGGCGGUGUGGGGAGGUAGCUCCACGGACGCUGGAUCAUUGACGAAAUUGCCGAUGCUUCCUGUGACGAGCGCCAGUCGAAAGUUUUGAUUACCUGUCACUUUCCUCCAGGAUUGCUCACCCAUUUCUCUCCUCUCGUGUAUGGAGGGAGAUAGGCGGCUUACAAGUGAUUGUGCCCGGAUGUUCUAGACAAGGAGGAGUCAGACUGAGUGCCUGACAUCACGCCUACGACAGACUGACUUGAGGAAGGAUGCUGCAUCAGCGCGGGUGUUCGCUGCAAUGAUUGGCUGGCGUCAAGGAGGACGUCAUCAGAGCUGACGUUGCCAGGCAUGCACCGUCAGGUUGUGGGAUCGACCCUUUCUCGCUUUUCCCUGACCCCAGUUUCCUCUUUCCCUCGGCAGAAUGACGAAGCACAAUUCUUCAUCUGACAACUACGACACCAUCACCGACGCUAUCCCCAACGACACGAUGGAGCUAUACGAUUGGAUAGUGCCGUUGCCAUGGUGGCAUGUGACCACGUCUUCAUGGGGUCCGAUGUGGGGAGUGCACGUGUACGGGAUGGCUGCUUGCUACGCUCUCCUGACGGUGGCCAGCGCCGCGACGUACGCCCACUUCCGCCCCAAGACCAAGCGCCUGGGAGUUGUCCUCCCCUUGCUGACCUUCCUGGUGCUGGUGGGCGGCCUGCGAUUGGCCUUCUGCCUCACGCGUCCCUACGAUUUCAAGGAUACGUUGAUGGGAGCUCUCUCCCGUCUGCUCCUGCACCUGGUCUCACCUUUCCUGUGCGGUGCCUACGCGCUGACCCAAGCGAUGCUGUCCAAGAUAACCGGCCUGGCCAUCGGCAGCCGGCGAUUCAGAAACGCCUGGGUAGUGCUGCUGGGCGUGGCGGGGCUUGUCGUCUGCACGGUGACCACCCACGGAGUUGUGCUUUUCCACCGUCCCCUCCACAUCCUCUUGAUGGUCGACAGCGUGGUAUCUGUGGCUUGGCUCCUGUAUCUCAGUGUUAAGUUCACCUGCAGCGGGUUUCUUCUGAUGCAGUUCGCUCUUGAUGCCGAGGUGGCAAGAAAAUGCCUUCUGGCCACCAGAGACAGGAGACGGAAUCGCGAACUCUCGGCUGGUGCUUCCAGCACCGGAUGUCUGAACUUCCUCUGCGACCUUAUCUUCAAGCGCGACCGCGCUAAAGGCUGUCGUCGAUACCAAAAUGUCAGCGGCGACGAAUGUCAGACCAGACCAACGUUCACCCUCCCUCCUUCCCCAGCACCAAGUCUGUCUGGGAUAUCACCAGAGUACCCCUUAGAUGGCUGGGAUACGUUAUUCGAAUAUUCUUCACCCGACACGGAAUUUUGUUUCCAGGACUGUGGUUCUUCGAACGGAGCUCUCACAGACGAGCCAGUGUACAGAAGUAUAAGGCGAUGCAAAAGGCUGUCCCUCCCGACCGAAAAGGGCAACAGCCAAUAUGUGUUUGGCGGCGAGUCGACUGAAAAUACCAGGGCACCUUUCCUUUUAAGGAAAUUUUCAUUAGCUAAUUUUGUUAAUGAGCAAAAACCACCGAGCUAUGUCACAGGCACUCAAGUUUGCAGGAGGCAACGCAAUUUACGAGGAGUUAUGCGGGAAACAAAAUCCUCGAAGAGGAAGUUCGAAACGAGGAGUGGAAGACAAUGUUCUGACAGUUCGGAGCCAGAUAUGAGUAACUCAGACUCAGAUUCUUGCCAGGUGAGCUGUCAUCACCACUGCUACCAAACUCGCCAAGCUUGUGAGAAAGAAAAAAACGAUCCACAAAACUUGCUGGUGCGUUCACGGGAGAUGACAGGUUACUGUGACAGGAGCACCAGCAGCCUUCACGACGAGUUCUGUAAUGAGUGUAAAGUCUACCGUGUAAACUCAUCAGAGUGCAACGUCAGAGCAGUCAGAGAUGAUGUUCCUUUUGAAGCAUCUUUCAAAGCCCGGAAAGAAUGUGAGAAAAAUAGCGGCAGAGGAAUCGAGCCACAGGAUUCUCGACCACAGGGACACAAUAUUUCUUUGACAGAUGCGAGAAAGACACACAGUGCUCGGCAAAGCCUCGGUAGCAAGGAACGGUGCAGAACAGACAUGUUUUGUUUAACAGAAGGACAUGACAGAAGUAUUUUACAUGAAAACGUCUCUGGCACUAUCACAACACAGAAUCCAGCUGACGUUGUCAGAAAAUCAAAAACCCUCGGCAAAGUUGACAAAGGACAGAGAAUGAUCGUAAAAAAGCUUUGCGAGCCAGAGAGCCCUCGAGGCUUCCCGUUCACAUGGAAAUGUCACGGAUCCAUUAACACAAAGCGGAUGGGGGAGUGUGCACCUGUCCAGGAUGGCAAAAGGCCACGUCACGCUCAUGGCAGGGAUAUGGUGCUCAGAAUAUUGAGACUGUUUCUCAAGAGGUGGAGAGGUCACGUUUCCGAUAGACCAGGCCUUCCAGUCCGCCAUCUCGCCCCUAGAGAGCGCUGCAGGCAAGUUGGACCGGAUGCGGGAUCAGCAACCAGCAACGAUGAUAACGACGACUCGACAUCAUCCUGCGAAGGGGAUGCUGGGUAUUUGGCUGACAACGAGCACACGCAAUCGCCUCUCAUCUCGAUGAAAAAGGAGAUGAGACAGGUGACGGCACUCUCUGCACUCGGUAAUCAAUGCCCCAGACCGCGAUACCAGGUUAAUUUCUUCCGCAAAAUGUCGACAGGUAGAGGUAAAUUCCGAGAACAACAACGAACUGGAGUUGUGUUUCAGGAGGAGAGAGGGACAUCAGAGAAGAGCACAGACUACAUGCUGUACAGCUUGUCAGCCACUGGCCUGGCGAAUCACCCAGGAUGCCUCUUACAUUCCGAAACAUCCUUUACUUUUCUACCUCCUUUACCUUCUUCUCCUUUGAACAGCAGAGGCCCAAGGGAAUUAAAAACUCCAGGUACCAGUGGUGCAGGAGGUUUUUCUUAUUCUCCCUCCGCUGCCCAGGAGGACGCAGUAGGUCAGGAUGGAACAUUUUCUUCCGACCAUCGAGACCCACCCCGAGGUCAGCAGCAAUACCCCAUCUUCACAGAAAGUUCGGAUUCGUUAGAACUGUGCUGGAACGUUCUGACGGGACGGCUGUCGCAAAAGUCCAGUGAGGAACAUGGCAGCAGAUCGCCAAAGGCUUCCGGAACAAAUCCGCCCGCGCAUGCACAGAGCUCUACUUGCGUGGGGCUUCUCCGAAUCCGGCAAGCAGGCAUGCUGAGAAGAAGCGUGCAGGGGAUGUACCUGCUGACCUUCGUCAACCUGUUUGCGUGUUUGCUCAAUCUGUACAGCACGUUUGGUCGCUACGGUGUCUUGUGGAGUCGCAGCACGACCAUUGCCCCAGAACCUUGGUCCUGGCUGGCGUUCCAGACCCUUCUGAGACUUACUGAAGUUACCAUGAGUUACUUAACGCUCGCCAUCGUCUUCAACAUUCUCCGCCAUCACAAGCGACGUUGGAAGUGAUGUCAGAUGACGAAGAAAAACAAGAUGAAGUGUAGUCUAGACAAAACCAGAUUUCCACAGCAGCUGUGAUAAAGUUUCUACUGUUUAUAUUUUCCACCAAAGGUUCGAAACACAAACUGCAAGGUAGGCUAUGAGCAGCCUUAUAUACACCUGUAUGCCAAAGGUGAGGACGGGGCAUUGGACACUAACAAUCUGUUGAUAUGCAGCAUCUUAAAUUCUUCUAUUCCUUGCUUUAUAACUAGAAUAAACAUGCUAAUAAUUUAAUUUUAACAUAAUUUAUUUAGAAGAGUGGGCUAAUCUAGAGGUUCGUAAGCACACCUUCAAGUCAGCACGUCACCCUGGUCAGUGACCGAAAAUCUUCCCUGCCCACCCCGAAAAAAAUAUAUCAGGGGAGGGAAGAGCAAGUCCAACUGCCGGCCAGAGACGUGCGAAUCACUUAGUCAUCACCCCUUCAGCCCACUCAAAAUGUCAAUAAAUAAUAAUAAAAGUAUGGAUGCCAUUAUAUUUUAUUUCAAUAACUGAAUUUUGUGUCACAUACUGGAACUUCAGUCGGUUAUAUUCACUUUUUAUCAGAAAAUCCUUGCAUAAAAACAUUAAAUAAACUUAAUCUUGGCUAGUCACUGAUGUCUAGUUUAAUCAAGUUAACCGAGUAAAACAUUUCUACAUGUAGUAUCAUGCUACUGGAGAAAUGUUUUUAUGGGAUGAACGCAAUGGGUCUCUCUACAGAUAAAUAAAAUGAGAAAAACAUUUCUGCUACAAAACAGUGAUCUAUCCAAUGCAGUUCACUGCAGUCCAUUUUUUUUUUCUUUUGAACAAUUCUACUUAAUUAUGCCAAGUUGUACUUUCCUUGGUUUUC